GUAAACCCCAAUUUCGCCAUUCUUUCUUGCCGCAAAUGUCAAUUAAGGCGGGUGAGGUUCAGGAAUUCGAACCUUAAAACGUUUAUUUUUUGGCUCCCUGUUUAAAAAGAAAUCAGAUGGCUCAAAAUGGAAUAGAAGAAAUGGAUCAAGCGGCAGAGGAACAACUUUUGGCAGACACAAUGGACACCAAUGAAUCAAAAAAUGAAAACCCAAAAAAUCAUCAGAAACUUUUAGACUAUGGUAUUAAUGUUAAAGUUGCUGAUGAACUCCAGAAAAUGUGUAGCCAAGAUAAACUUGACCAUGACGAACUUGAUGAAAGAGCGCUGGAUGCUCUGAAAGAAUUCAACCCAGACGAUGGUGUUGCUGUUCUGAAACAGUUCAGUGAAAGUUGUUUAGAACAUGUAACGAACAAAAGUGCAUUUUUAUGUGGAAUGAUGAAAACUUAUCGCCAGAACAAAAAGCAGGGAUCGUCAGCAGCUACAGCUAAAGGACCAGAUGAACAAAAAUUAAAAGAAAUCUUGGACAGGACGGGCUACUCUUUAGACGUGACUACAGGGCAAAGAAAGUAUGGUGGCCCCCCUCCUGGUACAGAAGAAGAUGCAACUCCACCGGGACCUGGACAUGAGGUGUUUGUGGGCAAGAUACCUAAAGAUGUCUUUGAGGAUGAACUUGUACCACUGUUUGAAGAAUGCGGAAGAAUAUGGGACUUGCGUCUCAUGAUGGACCCUAUGACUGGAUUCAACAGGGGUUACUGCUUUGUGACAUACUGUGACAAAGCUGGAGCUCAGGAAGCUGUAAGCAAGCUUGAAAAUCAUCCAAUUAAAGAAGGAAAGAAUAUUAAAGUAAAUAUAUCCGUCGCCAACCAAAGAUUGUUUGUUGGAAACAUCCCAAAAAGCAAGACACGAGAUGAAAUACAUGAAGAAUUUGAAAAAAAGACAGAGGGUUUGUCUCAGGUUAUUAUAUACAGAUCUGCUGAAAAGGAAAAUCAAAAGAACCGAGGAUUUGCCUUCCUGGAAUACGAUUCUCACAAAUCUGCAUCCACAGCCAAAAGAAAGUUGGCUUCUGGCAGGAUCAAAGUGUGGGGCUGUGAUAUCAUUGUAGACUGGGCAGAUCCUAUUGAUGAACCAGAUGACAAUACAAUGGCAAAGGUAAAGGUGUUGUAUGUGCGGAAUCUCACCAAUGACGUCACCGAAGAACUCCUUAAAGAAAAGUUUGGUGAGUUUGGCAAGAUUGAGCGUGCCAAGAAGAUCAAGGACUAUGGUUUUAUCCACUAUGAGGAGAGAGACGAUGCCAUGAAAGCUCAGGAAGCCAUGAAUGGCCAGAAACUAGGCAAACAGGAAAUAGAAGUGUCCAUGGCCAAGCCACCUACCGAAAACAAGAAGAAGGAACAGCGGAAACGCGAGCAGGAAAGAAGACAAAUAUUCAUGGGUGCUGGAAGAGGUGGUCCCUACGGAUAUGAUGAUUACUGGGGCCCACCAAUGAGGCCACCCAUGCACCAAAGAGGAAUGAGGCGCCCUGGUCCACCCAUGCCACCCAGGGGCUAUGAUUACUAUGAUGAUUACUAUGGCUUUGAUGACUUUUAUGACUACGGCUACCAUCCUGGACCACGAGGAGGAGGACGUGGAGGGCGCGGGGGACCUCCACCACAAAUGCGAGGUCGAGGAGGCGCACCACCACGGGGUGGUGGUCCUAGAGGUGGCAUGAUUCCACGGGGAGCAAGAGGAGCUAUGCGAGGGCCUAGGGGAGCAAUGCGGGGGCGUGGUGGACCCCCUCCAAAACCAGUUCAACAAUUCCGAGGAGGAAAAAGAAAAGCAGGAAAUGAAAUAGGACAAUCCCAAACAAAACGACGCAACACCCAGGAUAACUGGGGAGCACAGCCCAUCGCACAGCAGCCUCUUGACCAAUCUGGUGGUUAUGGUGGAGGAGGAGGAUACAAUGAUGCACAGUGGUACCAGGACUCAUAUGGGCAAAAUUGGGGUUGAGCAAUCAACCUCUUGUAAUUAUUUUCAGUUCUUUGUUAAGUGGUGUAAAAUUACUGUGUCCCUGUAGGAAUGACAAAUUUGCCAAAAAGUAAUCUCUUGAAUGCACAAAAAUUCUGCCUUUGGAGAAAGAUAUGGCAUUAUCUUUGGGAUUUAAUUUGGCAUCUGCUAUCAAAAGACUAUGAUCAUGUAGACAUGAUUUAAUUGAUUGAAAAUCCAAUAGACAUCUUGGAACCAAGGAAUCUCUGGCAGACUAAUCAUUCUGAAAGGAUACUCAAGGUCAAAAUAUGAUCUAAUUUACUGGCAUGCCAGUAUGCAGCAGUUCAUCAAAUGAAAUUUUUAAAAUUCAAUAUUUUUAAAAAAGACAAUAGUUUCUACAAAAAAUCUUAAUUGUGGAAAACAUUUCAAAAGCAUAGACUUCAUUUUCAUGGAAAAUUGAUGAAUCAUUGUGUUUGUUUUUUAAUAUUUGUGUUCUUGGUCUGUGUCAUUGUAGUUAUCCUUCAUCAUAAUUCAUGAUUAAAAUAUAAGACUUUUA